ACAGAUCAAAAGUCAUCGAACCACGGGUUAGGAUGAGGUGAUUUGUUUUCCUAAUUUUUUGUGAAAUUCCGCUGGCCAUCCUUAAAAUUUCACAGUAGAAGCUGAUCGCCAACAGCCCUCUGAAGUGGACAUCGAAAGUUAUAUGGAUGUUUUAUAAUAGAAGAAUUGUCACGUCAUAGUCGGACGUCACGAUCAGCGACGUCCGUGAUAAGCGUCAGGUCGGGGUUGAUGGUUUAGUGGUCGGUCGUGUGAGGGUUGCGAUGGCGGAGACGAGCGAGGCGCAGGCGAGCGCGUCGGCGCCGGGCGGCGAUGCGGGAGGAGAUGACGAGAAGCGAGACGAGCGGAUGCUGGAAUGCAACAUUUGCCUGGAUACAGCGCGGGAUGCCGUCGUAUCCAUGUGUGGACAUCUCUUCUGCUGGCCCUGCCUUCACCAAUGGCUGGAAACACGGCCGAGCCGACAAGUGUGCCCCGUAUGCAAGGCCGCCAUCAGCAGAGACAAGGUCAUCCCGCUCUACGGCCGAGGGAACACCAAGCAGGAAGACCCCAGGAAUAAGGUGCCACCGCGGCCAGCGGGGCAGCGCACGGAGCCCGAGAACAACAGCGGCUUCCCGGGCUUCGGCUUCGGCGAGGGCUUCCACAUGUCCUUCGGCAUCGGCGCCUUCCCCUUCGGCGUGUUCACGUCCACGUUCAACUUCGGCGACCCGAGGCCUAGCGCUGCCCCCCGCGGCACGGCGCAGUACGAGGAGGAGCAGUUCCUCUCGAAGAUAUUCCUGUGGGUGGCCAUCCUGUUCGUGCUGUGGCUCAUCUUCGCCUGACCGACCCUCUCCCCCUCAGGGUCUUACAUACCCGCGGCACACUCAUAUCCGGAAGGUAAACUGAUUGUUGUUUGAUUGUUUUAUAUUUUUGGGUGGAUCAAUUGUUUCUUGUUCUGUCCCGUCGGCCAAGGGACAAUAGUUGCACAAUUUUUAAAGACUUUUAACAGUCAAGUGUAAAAAUAUGGGUGCACACAUCAUACUCAAAAAUAUGUCCCAUAGCUUUUAUGUCCGCGAAUUAAGAACUAUGGGACAUAUUUUUGAGUAAGUUAUAUGCACCCAUAUUUUUACACUUGACUGUACGAAGAUCUGUUGAGGUUUGGUUAAUUUAAAUGCCAUAAAAUUUGAAGACUUAGCCUUGUAAUUUUUGAACUUGCCUACGAAACUGGAAGUCCUGGAUUCGAAUCCCGGUAAGGGCAUUUAGGGGUCAUCCAUUAAUUACGUCACACGAAUUUCUAGGUUUUUUGACCCCUCCCCCCCCCCCCCCUUGUCACAUUUGGUCACAUUUGGCAAACCCCUCCCCUCUAGUGUGACGUCACAUUUUUUCUACGAAAUCGCCAAAUCGAAUUAAGUAAGUACCUAAGUAUUAUUAAUAUUUUAUCAAUCAAUAUUUUUGACGAUAUAAAUAUUAGUAAUUUUAUAACCCAAAAGUGCUUAGGAAAGAAAAUUAAAAGAAUAAAAACGAUUAUCGUUUUAAAAACUUGUUAUUUAAAUGUACAGCGAAUAAAAUAAUUUAAAAAAAAAAUUCGGUUACUGAUGAAGUUAAAGUGACGUCACAAAGUUUGUGUCUCCCCCCUCCCCCAUGUCACAAUAUGUCACAUUUUCUUGACCCCCUCCCUCCCCCUAAACGUGUGACGUAAUUAAUGGAUGACCCCUAAUAUUUGCGUGUUUAUGGGGAAUGUUUGUUAACCCUUAACACAAGCCUGGGCUAAGGCUAAGACAAUUUGUAUAAGAUAGUCCCAAAAUCAAAAUACAGAUUUAUUUAUAAAAUCCGGGUUUCAAAGAGUCACCCAAGAGGGGUUAGGUGACAAGAAUAAUUGAUUCACCCAUUUACUUAUUUAAAAAUAUGAUAAGGAUUGAAACCACGUAAAUAAAAGUAACUUUAAUUUAUAAAAAUCAUAAGAUUUAUACGAAAUAAUAUAUAUGCUCACGAAACAAAGCAAGUAAGGUAAGUGCGCCCAUAGAAGCAUCCAUGCCUUUGUUUACGGAUGUAUGUAUGGUAAACACAGAUGCCCCGCGGCGCACUUGCUCCAAACGUUACGAAUACGCAGAUGUUAGUUUAUUCAUUCUGAAUACGAAAUUAAACAUUAAUGAAUUGCUCUGAUGAGACCGGAACUAUAAGAGAAUCGUUUCAGAUGGUUUAAAAGUUUAGAUGUUGUAAGCCACCCUAAUAGAGAGUGAUGUAAGGCAGCAUUAAAUACACUUAGCGCCCUUCACCCAUUCACUAACCGGGGGUUAACCGGUUAAACUUCUAGUUUCCAUGGUUACCAGUCCAAUUUGACACUGGGUUAGCGGCAUAAGCGGUUAACCUCGGGUUAGUGGGAUAAUGCAAGUGGCGCUUAAUGAACAUUUGUUCUUAAUAGUUUGGUUUCCACUAUCUUCUAAUAAUGCAGAUUUACACCCUUAUUCACAAACGCUGCAAGCCUCAAUUAGCUAAUAACCGUUUGUCUUUAUCUGUCAUUCUAACUUAUGUUUAACUUACAAAUACAGAAAAAGAUAAAACAUAAAUUAACUAAUUGAGGCUUGUAGUGCAUUUAUGAUUUUUAUGAAUCAGGCUGUUAAUUGUUUAUAAAAUGUGCACAGAGGUAUACCUCUGCUGUUUGCUUCAGAACCUAGUUUUCUGUCAUAAUUUAAAUAAAUAUUAAAUAUCCUGUAAACGGGUUACAGGGAAAAAUUUUCACAUUUAAAUUUCCUAGCGUUUGCCAAAUAGCAUUGCUGAAGAUAAAAAAAAAAACGCUGUAACAAUACUUUUAAAAACAUUUUACAAUAUUUAUUUGCAUUAAUUUGCAAUAUUUAGAUUUAAAUUUAUUAGAAAAAAUGAACUAGAGUAACUAGACAAUUCAACGAAAGCCACUUAACUCAAAUGGUUGCUGAAGUUGCACUGAUGGAUAACUUAUAGAAAAGUAGCUAAAACUGAAAGUUAAAUUUUAAUUUUAAUCAAAAAUAUCGGACGCAGGCAAAAUUCACUUCCGUCUGGGUUAAGCAGUAGACUUAUAAUUUAUGUAUUCUUUCUCCCAACAAUCUAUCACAAUGUAGCGAUAUUGUACAGAUUAGUCGCUAUCACAUUUCUAUGUAUAGUCGCCACAUGUGAGCGAACAAGAUGCUUAUAAAUAUCUAAACAUGACUAUGUAGUCUCUAGCUUGAUCGUUAUGCCUGUAUUCACUUCGUGGUUUGUUAUCGCGUUGUAUGGCUGCGUCACUUAUGCUCUGAACAUUUGGGCAAUUACGGCCUUAUAUGUUCAUGUUUAGAUAUUUUUAAGCACACUUGUAUAUAAGGAUUUGAUGUAAAAAACAAUCAAUAAGAUUAUUUUAUAAACUUCAACUUAUGAAUUGUUAAUGUUUAUACCUUUGACCUAUCAUACUGUAAAAUACUAUGCUGAAAAAACUUCUUGUGGUGUAGCCUCUACGAAUAUAUUUAUCUUUAUGUAAACUACCAGUUUUUAAUCGAAUUUCAACUGAGUUACUAACAUUAAAUUAUUUAUAAAGUUAAAGUCACGUAUUUUUCGUCAAUCGCGCGAUAUGUUUCGAAGAGCCUGUCUCCAUUUUCGAGCGCUAUAAGUUCGCAACUGGUUCACAUGCUUGCCGAAAACGCGGGUCUCCGAAAUAAGUCGCUUGGGUAAAAAUACGCAAGUUUAACUAAUUUCAUUUAAUGCUAGUUUUUAUAUAAAUAAUUUUAAUCGCAUUUGGGUCUCGCUUUAUGUAGGGUCUGUCAAUGCAAAUUAUGAAUUUAAUCAUUCCUCACUCUGUAGAGUUGUUAUUGUCUUUAUAUUGAAAAGAGCGGAUGGUUCUGAGGAUCUGGUAUAAAAAAAUCGAUCUUAUGAUCGAUGCAAGAAGACUGAAAUUAUAAUGGGCGCUUUCAAGGACUUCAGCCCCAGACCAUUUUCAUAUAAAGUUCCUUUGAACUUUCGGCUAACAGAUAGAUUCAAUAUAAAGACGUUAGAAAUCAUUUCGUGAGGACACAAUUUCACUCGCAAAUACGCAGGGGCCUUUGUACAGUUCCAUUUAAAACCUUAGUUCCCUGUUGACGCAGUACGCUGCCUAUAGCGUCACAUUGUAUGGGGCAUUUCUAUACGGGACGCUGUAGGAAGCGUAUGGCGUCAAAAGGAGACCAAGGCCUAACAUGUCCUUUUUUAGCUUUAGGUCCAUAGCAAAUAAGUGUCGCUUAACUUCAAACUCGAGUAAAUCCAUUCGACCCUCUCAGUAAUUAUCUACCCUAUUACCUUUUCUUAAUACCAAAAUCGCAUAAUCUGACAGAUGGAUUUACCUGAGUUUGAAGUUAAGCGACUCAUAAGUGGUUUAUCAUUAUAUCCAGUGUUUAGAGUAACAAGCAAUUGUGAAUUUUCAAAUCAACUGACAUUCAAAAUACAAAUCACUAUGUUGAUAUUCAAAUUGUUUGUACAAAGUUUUUUGUCUCUCAACUAACUUUUUGGUAUCUAUAUGCUUAUAUGCAUGUUUGCAACUGUUAAUAUCAGUUGGUGUUUGUCUGAUAGUUUACUUUAGUAGUCAGAAAUGUACAAUCAACUACAUAUUGUUAUUUACUCGACAAUAAGUUAUGUCGUUUUCACUCAGAUGUUGUAUAUAGAUGUACAAGACGUUUAUUUAGGGCGGUUUCAGACAGCGUAUUUUCUGCGCGUAUACGAUCAUUUCGGCGGUACGAGCUUACACGCGCGUUACGUUUCCCUACAUUUGGCUUUUACGAGCUUACGCGCGCGAUACUUUUUCCUACAUUUGGUCUAUACGAGCGUAUGCGUACGCUAGUCUGUUUAGCUGCUGUGGAGCUCGUACUGUGCGACUGUUACCAUGGGAUCAGCUAUAUUUACGUAAAAAAAAAAAUUACGGUUAGUCUCAUAGUGAGUAAUAGAUAAACAAAUCCACAGCAGAACAUAGUUAAGAGUGGUAUUCCACCUGUCCACUUUCUUUGUCCAAUGUGUAUUUGCGUCUCACUUUUUGCUUGGUGAAAGAGUGAGACGCAAUGCACAUUGGACCAAUAUAUUGGACAGGUGGAAUAUAGAUAUUGAACCUAAGACUUGAAAAAACAUCUUGUACCUAUAUCUGUUACUAACUGUAUCCAAAUCGGUCAAACACGUCUCGAUACUAUAAGCAAAUUAUAUAUCAAAUCGUGUAGAAGAGACCACGAAACUUGUAUUUGUUAGAUAUUGUUUAUGUUAAUAUUCCUGUAAGUUAAGUGUAUAUAAUUAUUAUAUUUUAAAGAUUUGAAGGGAAGGAAAUUUUAUUGUUUAAUGUAAUUUAUAAAAAUAAAUAUACUUAAACACUGAAA